GCGUUGCUGCAUUGCGGUUUGUUUUUGGUUUUUGCUGCUGCCCCUCCUUUGCGCGACAACAAACGCCCAUAUUCGACAUGCCUCGCCUAUCGCAAAUAUCGAAAUACAUUUGGCCCCCGUUCUCGAAUUUAUCGAAUACAUGAUCACUAUCGACUUUUUGUUGCGAUUCGAAUCUCGUUCUUUGCUCUCAAAUCCGUCGAUGCAAGAAAUCCCUCGUUUGAAGCUUUCGGCCUCACAACAGCCCACUUCCAAAAGCCUUCCGUAUCUGGCCUCCGUGUACGACCCGAUAUUCCGGCGCAAGCUCCGGCUUUCAACGGUCCGCGUCCGAACUAUAUCGCCUUUUAUCUCGCUGUCCCUUUGAGAGCUCUGAUCUUGGUGUUGCCCCUCGGCAUACUCGAAGUGCGGGGUUGCAGAUCUGGGAUUGUCAGAGCUUAUCAUUCGACAAUACCAAUUGGACAAUAUCAUUGUCCUGACCUUCAACAUUGGAGCCGAGUUAUCAAGAUCUGUGGCAACCUCAACGGCAUCUGCGCGACGACGAAGCUCACGAUGACUUGGAAUAACCACCAUGUCGCCGUCGACUUUGAGUCCUGGGCGCCUUGCAAGGACGUGCUCGACCUCAACCACUAGACAUAUUAGAUCAUUCCGUGCUGGAUCAAAGACACGAUGAAACAUGCCGUUACGAUCUACCCUGGAGUUGCGACAAAAUAUCCAUACUGGCGACUAGGCGACAACAGAUAUACAGCAGCAGCAGCACCGCAAUGCACAACUGAACAUUGCAUGGAAUAAUGUUACUAACUUUGGUGAUUCAGACCCAUCUUCAAAAUGUCUUCCCUCUCUCGACGUGCUUGCUACAAGUGUGGCAAUGUUGGCCAUUACGCUGAGGUCUGCUCUUCUGCUGAGCGUCUCUGCUACAACUGCAAGCAGCCCGGCCACGAGUCCAACGGAUGCCCUCUUCCCCGAACCACCGAGGCCAAGCAGUGCUACCACUGCCAGGGUCUUGGUCACGUCCAGGCUGACUGCCCUACCCUCCGCCUGAGCGGCACUGGCACUAGCGGCCGCUGCUACAACUGUGGCCAACCCGGUCACCUUGCUCGCGCCUGCCCCAACCCUGUUGGUCCUACUAUGGGCCGUGGUGCUCCCAUGGGUCGUGGUGGCUUCCCCGGUGGUUACGGCCGUGGUGGUUUCGCUGGUGGUCCUCGCCCUGCCACUUGCUACAAGUGUGGUGGUCCCAACCACUUUGCUCGUGAUUGCCAGGCUCAGGCCAUGAAGUGCUAUGCCUGCGGCAAGCUCGGUCACAUCUCUCGGGAUUGCACUGCUCCUAACGGCGGUCCUCUCAACACUGCUGGCAAGACUUGUUAUCAGUGCGGUGAGGCUGGACACAUCUCUCGUGACUGCCCUCAGAAGAACGCUCCCGGUGUUGGCGAGAUUCCUCAGGAGGUUGAUAUUGGCAGCGUUCCUGCUCCUCCCGUUGCUUCUAUCGCUCCCGUGGCUUAAACAGGUACUGGAGGUAGCUGUUGGUGUAUGCCCCUGGUGGCGUAUGUCCCAGCAGCGGCCCAGAGCGUCGGUCUGGGAUGGCCGACACUUUUUGCUUUUUAACAGUUGUUCUUUUUGAUGCCGACACGUGAACAUAUCACUACAUCCUUACCCUCAAAUUAUUUCUUUGUUUUGGUUCUUGUUCUUUGAUCCGAAGCAUGCAUUUGCCAGCAUCACUUGUCUGGCCUCGACUUGCAUGGCAUUUUCGGUCCGUCCGAAUUCAUCUUUGAACCUCUUUUUUAUCUUUCACCUGAGCAAUGCCACAUUGUUCCAGCGGUUGCGUAUAGCCUAUACAGCAUUUUUGCUAUCACGACCCGCGAGAAAAUGUCGGUACUUGACAAGGAAAGAUUCCUAGCAACGAAUUUCCUUUUUCCAACAUUCACCUAGACUUGUUUGCAUGGAUCCUUGGUUACUGGGGGCUCUGAACGGUUUCUCCGUUAUCUGGCACCUUUCCUCAGACACAACUUUGGAUCAUUCACCCAAGGACUACUACUACGAUUUGAACGACAGACGCUGUCACGUGGCUCUUAACGACUUUCGAAAAUUACGGCACCCUGCGAAGGAUAUACCCCGCGAGGCGAUGUGUUGGUUGUUGAGCUUGGAAAAGAAAAGCGCAGAGACUCAGGCUUUGAUCAGUGAAGAUGUCCCCGCUAGGAUGCGGGUGAGAUUAAGCCUCGGGAGAGCUUGUGUUGUCGCCUGGCGGCAGAAAAGACCAGUGGAUGCGUGCGUGAGAGUGGUGGGCUGAAGGCCAGAUGAUCAAUGAUCAUAGGGGAUAGGAUGCUGUUUCUUGUGGGCAACGGACUUCUGAUUGCAUUGACGCAUGAAGGAUUCGUUCGAUGCAGAAGACGGCAUCCUACAGAACGGCAAACAAACAGACAAGCAACACAGUUUGUGAGGAUAGAAGCCUUAGAAGUACUGAGGCUUCCUUGCUGGUGGCUGUUUGCUUGUGCUCAUUGUUUUGGCGUGGCUGAUGGAUGAGGAGUGGAGGCUGCUGUGGUGGUUAGUGACAGACGCGCAAGAUGCGGCGAGAAGAGUUGUAAAUGAUUUGAUACGCACCCAUAACCCCCAAUGAAGCGAAGUGGCAUCAAAGAAGCAGAAUGUGUGUGGCGAGAUGUGUUGAUGACUGAAGAUUGUAUUGUAUGAGUAUGAGCAUGAGUACGACGACUGGCGUUAUGUUUAUCACGGCAGUGCCUUGUAUUGGUACAUGGGACAAGAGCAUGUCUUGGCGUUUGGGAACAUCAUUUGGACGGUUGGUACACGGGUAUGUAUAACUCAGUAACUAAUCCUGUCAGAGUCAGGACUCGGCAGCUUGUUUUUGUUAGGUAGGGUAUAAGGUUAUUGAUCUGGCAACGAUUAGAGGUACAGGCAUCGAGGACAAAAUUAUCGAAGACAUGGAACAGCAACCCUCACUGGUAAGGCUAAUUUGGAGAAAAAUUACCCUCUGUUUUGAAAGUGCUCAAGAAUACGAGCGUAUUUCAGCUUACGAACAAAAAAGCGAUUGCAGUUCACUGUAGUAUUGUUCAUCUAUUUCCAACG